UCAGUUUGACCUUGUUAGAUUUCAAACUUAAAACCCUUUAAUCCAGGUAUUGACACUAAUGCAAAAUUAGUGCAUAUCAAUGCGACUGUUUGACGGUUUCUGAGCCUGACACAGGUCAGCUCUUAUCACUGUCUCUUGUUUGUCCUACAAGCUCCACCCCGGUUCCCUCUGCUUUGCCCUGACUUUAAUUCAUUUAUGUGUCAACACUGGAGACCAGCAUUGAACCAAAUUCAAUUACAAAACACCCAAUUAAAAGCCUGGAAGUGACAUCACAAAAACAUACCAGUGUUUACAUCUUUAUAGGUCAAAUCUGUCGUGUCACAGGAGCAUUUGCGCCUGAAGCAGUAAAACUACACAAAUAUAAACAUGUCUCUCUUUCUCCCUUUUGGUUCAUACAGUUAAGUUCUUGAGGGAAUUUCAUAUAAUAAAUUAGCAAUGACAGUGUAAAUGGGCCGAUAAGUAUUCAGUCCAGUUUUCUAGUCUCGAUGACUGCUCAAAGUACUUUACACUAAAGUUUGACCAUUCACAUUCAUAGUGUUUCUAUAGGCAGCACUCUUUCUAUUAGAGCAUUCACAGUCUGCUGGCACAUCCACCAGGUGUAAUUUGGGGUUAGGUGUCUUGCCACACAGACAGUAGUCUGACUAUAAUUUCCACAUGAAAAUGAGAGAUGCCAGGAUUUUAGAUAAGGGACAUUGUUAUUCUCACUAUGAGAUCACACAGGCAACUUGACAGGCAGACCUUAUCUGGUUUAUGCAGCACUGGAGCCAUGUUUUAAAAGGGAAAAAAUAGCUAUGAACCUCUACCGUUUGCUUGUUUUUACUUGGAAAUGACAGUCAUGGUCUAACAAUUACAGUAAUUACUUUCUAGUUGCUGCAUGCAGGUAAGCUUAAUGUGGAAGGCUUUGCGUCAUAGAGAUCUAAAAAAAAAAUAAAGAAUACAACUUAAUAACAGUACUCUAAGUGCAUGAUUUCAUAUUUGUAUUUCUGCUAUUGUAACCAGAGUGUAACCAGACAGGAACAAGAGAAAAAAAAUUGUGAAUGGAUCAGCCAUUUUGUAGUCUGGUCAUGUUUUGGGUCUCCACUUGUUCUCCGACAACGCCUUUCUAUUCACUGGUGCACACACACACACACACACACACACACACAGAAACUGAGAAAAACAGGGGAUCCCGAUCCGUCACAGAGGUGACAUCACAGCCUGCAAGUAAUGAAAACGAGCUCAACAAGGGAGUCCCCACUUCCCCUCCCUCCUACAUAUCCCACAGACAGAAGAGAGAGUAGCGCUGGGGCAAGUGACUCUCAUUAGUUCAGAGAGAAAAAGAGGGAUUCACAUGCACAAGAGAGUGCACCGACACACGCAGAAACACACUUUGGCUGCGUCUCCAUAGUGACCAGCUUUGCUCCCCCAGCUUGGGGAGGAAAUGCCAAACUCGGUGCUUCAGAGUCACUCCACAUUGCUCCUUUCUGUCCCUCUGUCUUGCCAGACGGGGGGAAAAAAAGUUAUCUUCCUCUUAUCACUCCUCCACCUCCCAUCUGCACAGUCUAUCAUCUCUCCUUUCUCCCAUUUUUCCUCCUUUUCAUUUCCACUCUCUCUUUCCAACAGUCUCCCUCCCUCUGUCCCUCUCCCACACCAUUUCUCUCCGUCUCGCUCUCCCUCCCCCGUCAGUAAGUUCAUUGAAGUAGACAACAGAGAGAUGAAAGAGAAGAACCACUGGCACAAGCCUGUGACCAUCAUCAUCUCUGUGAUUGGUGUCAUGGCGAUUGUUGCCUUGGUGACGGUAGCAGUUUUGCAGAACAGGCCUCUCUCCCAAAAGUAUAAGUAUGGGAUUGUGAUGGACGCCGGAUCCUCCCACACAGCACUGUACAUCUACGCCUGGCCAGCUGAGAAAGAUAACAACACCGGCAGAGUGGAACAGACACAUUCCUGUAAAGUCAAAGGUCCAGGUAUCUCCAGCUAUGCAUCUAACCCAUCGAAAGCAGGGGAGUCUCUGAGAGUCUGCAUGCAGGAGGCCAAGCAGCUAGUCCCUGCAAAUCACCAUAGCGAGACACCCGUUUAUCUGGGUGCUACUGCGGGGAUGAGAUUGCUAAAUUUGGAGGACAGCUCAGCGUCAGACAAGGUCUUUCAAGCUGUGGAGGGAGCUCUGCAAAAGUUCCCCUUCUCCUUUCAGGGAGCAAGAAUCCUAAGUGGCCAGGAAGAGGGAGCUUUUGGCUGGGUCACAGUCAACUAUUUGGAUGAUCGGUUGAAACAGGGCUUGGAAACAAAAGGUGCUCUUGACCUUGGUGGGGCGUCCACACAAAUUAGCUUUGUAUCCGAUACAUUCGACGGCUCGGAGUCUCCUGACAAUAACGUGAACUUCCGACUCUACGGAAAUGACUAUAACUUGUACACUCACAGCUUCCUGUGUUACGGGAAAGACCAGGCGCUACGAAUGACGCUGGCACAACAGACCUUGUCAGGUCCAGGAUCAAUACUAGACCCUUGUUUCCAUCCUGGCUACACUGACACAAAGAACUACUCAGUCCUCUAUGACAGUCCGUGUGUGUCAAAAAUGAAACACCAAAAUGCUACCGCUACCUUUACUCACAAGGGGGGAGGAGACUUCCUACAAUGCCAAGAUGUCAUCAAAAGAAUCUUCAACUUCAAACACUGCAAAUACAACCAGUGCUCCUUCAAUGGGAUCUUCCAGCCAUUUCUGCAGGGGCAGUAUGGGGCUUUCUCUGCUUACUACUUUGUGAUGGACUUCCUCAAUCUGACAGAUACAUCCAUCCCUCUGGAAGACGUCAAGGAAAAGCUAAAACGCUACUGUGCUACCCCUUGGAGUGAGCUAACGCAGCAGCAUGGAAACUUAAAGUACCUGGCUGAAUACUGCUUCUCUGGCACAUACAUCGUCACCCUGCUGACCGAAGGAUACAACUUCACCUCACAAACCUACCCCACCAUAAAAUACAUCAAGAAGAUAAAAGGCAGCGAUGCAGGCUGGACGCUGGGCUACAUGCUGAAUCUGACUAACAUGAUUCCAGCCGAAGCUCCGGACACUCCCCCUCUGCCCCACGCAGGCUACGUCUCCAUCGUCACCAUCAUGGCAAUACUGCUCUUCAUCCUCUUCAUCGUCAGCCUGCGUCCUCUCUGGCCGCGGUGCUCCAAACAGCCACAUAUUAUAUGAACACACACACAUACAUACUGUAUGUACAGUAUGUAUUUAUGUGUGAAAUUGCAAUGAAGGGAAUGUGUGUGACGUGUCUGUGAGCUGGUGUCCACUAUUUUACCUAUAAUGGGAAUGAAUUUACACUUAACAGCCUUUGUGGGGAUUUCAAAAGGUCAAAAGGUCAAACAUCUGCUGAACAACAACAACCCUGCAGCUCAUAUGGAGUCAAGGAAAUUUCAGAAGGACAAAGGUUUUCUCAUACCGGGGGAUAAAUGAACCUUGAUUCCCUGGUUGAAGCACAUUUCCUCAUGUGUUUUUUUGUUUUGUUUUGUUUUUUUAUGUGAGUGUGCAUUUGAAUGUAUGUGUGAAUGUGAGUGCCCACAUCAGUCUGCAUGUACAGUAUGUGUCUCGAAAUAUAAUGUGAAUGCAAUACUAUAACAAAUAAACAACCUGAGUUUAUAGAAAA